AUGUUCUACUUCCACUGCCCCCCGCAGCUGGAGGGCGCGGCCCCCUUCGGAGCUCACUCCGCCGGCGACUUCGACGACGGGUUCCUGCGGAGGAAGCAGCGCCGCAACCGCACCACCUUCACCCUGCAGCAGCUCGAAGCCCUGGAAGCAGUUUUUGCUCAAACCCACUACCCCGAUGUGUUCACUAGGGAAGAGCUGGCGAUGAAAAUCAACCUCACGGAGGCCAGGGUGCAGGUGUGGUUCCAAAAUCGAAGAGCUAAAUGGAGGAAAACAGAGAGGGGGACUUCCGACCAAGAGGGCUCUAAGGAAGCAAUGGCUGAGGUGGCACCCCCUGUCAGGAAUUUAAAUUCCCCUUCUCCAGCAGAUCAAACCAGGAAUAAAAAAGAGAGCCUGGAGAUCCAGCAGAGCCUGAGCCGAGCAGUCGGUCCCACAGGACCUUUCUUCCCCUCCUGCCUGCCAGGGACUCUUCUCAACACGGCCACCUACGCACAAGCUUUAUCCCACGUCGCCUCUCUAAAAGGGAGCCCACUGUGCUCGUGCUGUGUUCCGGACCCCAUGGGCCUCUCCUUCCUGCCCACCUAUGGCUGCCAAAGCAACCGCACCGCCAGCGUGGCCGCAUUGCGCAUGAAGGCCCGGGAGCACUCGGAGGCCGUGCUGCAGUCUGCCAACCUCCUGCCCGCCGCCGGCAGCCCUGCGCCUCCUGCCAAACCCGGCCCAGAGGGCAGCCAGGACAAGCAGCCCUCUCCAGCCAAGGAGCACAUGGAAGGGGAGAAGAGCGUAUGA